GGAAGUGCGCCUGCAUUCGCCUGUUGUUUUCUCCGAGUCUGACCCAGAUAGCUAGCAAGCAUUUGACAAUUUUCGCCGUCUCUUUCCAUCUUGCUCUUCCCGAGGAUCUUUUUUUUCGGAGAGAAACAAAGAAGGAGAAGUUAAGCAUUUCUAAUCUGGGUUUUCCAGAAGAAGAUUCGAAACAAUCCGAGAAAGAUAUCCGGCCCAAGCCAACCCUUGGAAUAUCUUUGGAAAAAACAUUCGGACAGAAAGAGGAGAAAACAAAAACGAGGCUCUCAGAGAGAAACAAAUUAAGAACAAGAAAGUCUACACAAGUUGUUAAAAAGAAAAACCCAGAGAGAAAGAAAGAGAAGAGUCUGCAGAACAAAGAAGCAUAAUACGCCGCCUGCGUCUUGCAGCAUCGUCAGAUACUCCUUAGUCUUCUUCCACGUUGCAUUUGCCCAUUCGUCUCCCCUUAUUGCCGUGUAUCAUCCCAAUCAUGUCUUCUGGACUGGCCUCCGAUGAAGUGGCCGAGGACUACAAGAAUUCCUUGGAAGAUCUAACUACCAAUGACAGGUUUCAGAUCAGCAAUCUCACCGUCAUUGCGAAAGAGAAUACAGAACAUGCAAUGGCAAUCUCCCGUGUGCUGGAGAAUCAUAUUCGAACAACACCGCCGGCUCAAAAACUGCCUGCCUUGUAUGUAGUCGACUCGAUCGUCAAGAAUGUAGGAACACCCUACACCUUGUUCCUGGGUCGCAAUAUGUACCAGACAUUCAUGAAUGCCUACACCUUGGUGGAUUCGCAGACUCGCCGCAAGCUCGAUGAGAUGCUUAAGACGUGGAAGGAGCCUGUCCCGGGUUCCUUAGACACUAGGCCCGUGUUCCCUCCAGAAAUCACGCGUGGCAUCGAAAGCGCCUUGAUCAAGGCAAGGACUGCAGCCCUUCAACAACAGCAAGCUCGAAGCCAGCAGGAGAUUCUCACGCGUGGUCGAAAUGGGACUCCCCAAGGCUGGUCCAGUACCCCAACGCCAUCACAGAACAUGAACCGUUACCCGCCAGUGUCGAGUCAAACUGUGCCCGUCCAUUACCAACGCAAUGGCGCAGGUCAUGCAUAUACAUCCUCGGGGGAGACCAUUGCUGCCCGCGCUACGCCACCGGCACCAACCCAACAACGCACGGAAAUCGACCUGUCGGUGUUGAAUCGAGACAUUGAAUCCUUGAUUGCCGCAGCUCGCAGUGAUUUUGCUAAUAACCCUCUCGAUCCGUCUGUGCAGCAAAGAUUGAAAGCUCUUCUCGAUCUGCAGGGCAUCUUACAACGUCACGAGCUUACGCAAGAGCAAUUGAGGUUAGUUCGUGAUCAGGUAUCAGCCUUGGCCCCGAAACCUGCCAUCCCAGCUUCACAAGCCCAAAACAUUCCAGCUGUUUCGACGCCUCCUGUAGCUGCAACGCCACCCAUCCAAACGCACUCGCAGCCUCUCCAGCAACUGCUCAACCCGGGUAUGCUAGCUGGACUUAUCAAGGCUACUGCUGCACGUCAGCAGCCCACCCCACCAUCCCUGUUAGCUGGGCUUCUGCCACAAAUACCGGUGAUGAAUAGCACGCAUCAGCCCCCGGUUCCUGUGGCGCCGGAGAAUCCUCUUAUUGCGGCGCUGCGGGCGCAGGGGCUUUUACCACCAGCGUCAGCACCUCCAGCUUCGUCCACUGUUCCUCCCUCCAAUAUUACGUCUGCCUUUCCACUUAUCGUGCCUGGCCAGGUGCGCUUUACACCUCCUGUACCCACGCCGCAGACACAAGGUAGCACCGACGGUCAAGUGGAAGUGCAGAUGAACACGGCGUCUAUCAAAAUCCCACGAUACGCACUGAUUGCUACCCUCUAUGAUUUGCGCUCCAAUCGAUGUGGGACUUGCGGCCGUAGGUUCUUCGCAACAGAGGAGGGCAAGGAAAGGAAGGCCCGUCACCUGGACUGGCACUUCCGGACCAACCAGCGAAUGUCCGACGCUGCCAAACGGGCCCAGAAUCGGAGUUGGUACGUUGACGAACGGGAUUGGAUCAAGUCCCGUGAAGCAGGGGACGACCAGGAUUCAGCGGACGCAGAAGCAUCUGGCGACUCCGCUGGUGGACAUGAUGGCAAUGUGGCCAAGAAGGAGCCGUCUAAACCAUGGAUCCGCGCGCCUAACGAUGCUACUUUGCGGAAUACUCCCUGCCCCAUUUGCCAAGAGAAAUUUGAGUCUACCUGGUCAGAGGAGGUGCAGGAUUGGAUAUGGCAGGAUGCGACCAAUGUUGGGAGCCGUGUCUACCAUGCCAGCUGCUAUGCCGAAGUGACCAAAGAAGGACCAACAUCCGCUAAUCGCGGGGUGCCGUUAGCGCGAACUGGAACCCCGGACUCUGUGUUAGGUAAACGCAAGGCAGAGAUAACCAACUCCCCGGGGCCGAGCGUACGGGUUAAGACAGAGCCCAUCUGAAUGUCGAAUUUUUGUGCCAUACGCAAUUGAUCCUCGUACCGAUUACCUUUCAUACUAUUGCUUUGAGCGAAGCUGUAUUACCUCCAUUAGUCGGUGGCUUUAUAUUGCAUCUCACCCGGGAGCCAGAAUCCUAUGGGCGGCGCUUUUUCUCUCUACUUUCCCUUUCACUUCAUCAUCAUCAUCAUCUUCAUCUUCAUCUUUUCCCGUUUUCUCUUCAGAAUGGAAGGGCAGGCGUUACCGAUGGACUACGGAACGCUCACAUCACAAAUAGCAAACAAAUGGGUCCGGCUCGUGUAUUUUGUACAUAGACCACUAUUAUGAUCUGAG